AUGGACAUCCUUUAUAUCCUACCGAUCUGCGUUUUGAUCGUCUUUCUGAUUAUCUACUGGAAAUAUGGGUUUGAGAGAAACGUUGGUGAAAUAGCAUCAAAUUCAACUUCUCUCACACUAGUAAGAACCUCUUCUACUGGGUCAACUAAGAGCAAUACUGAUACGAGUCUUUCAGUCAACAAUCUCUCUCGGGAUAUCUUAAAUAAUUUCCCACACGCAGUAGCCAUGCAGAAGCGAAUUUUCGUAAACCUCAGGAUCGUGGAAUACAAGCUGGCUGAACUGGAACAUUUCCUAGUUAUCAAGGGUUUAAAUGGUGCAUUAGUUAACCGGAAAUCCACUGGAAAGCUUACGAGAUGUAGUGACAGUGGAGGCAGUCAUUAA